AUGGACUUCAUGGACAUAUUCGAAUCCUGGGAGAAGAUUUUAGGCUUAGGCAAAGGUCAUUAUAGGGAGUGGGUGGACGAAGAGAUAUGCCCACGAGGAAAGGAAGUUCUUCUUGGGUUGCUAAGAAGAAUGAGAGGUAUGGAGCAGAAGCUAAAUGAAAUAGAAGAAGAUAAUGAAGGACUGAGAGAUAAAAUCAUAGCAAUUGAGAAAGAAACAAGGAAUUGA